CGCGCGGCAGCGCCCUGUCUGGUGGUUUUCUAGGGGGGAAGCCGAUGUGCAGACAACAACCUAGUUCUCGCUCUCUUUCUUUUGUGUUUCUUACCGAAACUGAGAGUGUGUUUUUCCGUUUCCAUGUCGCACUUGGUCGAUCCGCUUGCCUCCGACGCGUUUCCACCCUCCAUUAUCUGGUGGUUGCCUUUCUCGCUGUCCCGCCCACGCGACAUCUGCGCUUGGUAUUAUUCUUCCCUUCGGCUUUUGCUUUUUCCGUUUGAAGAGGCGGCGUACACUCAGGCAGCAAGAAAGAAAGUUCAGAGUCCGUAGGCUGGACCGCGCUCUGCGUUGCUUUGGAGGAAGCAGCUGCGCGACCCUGGAAGGUCUUGUAGGACUUCGUGCCACGCUGUCUGGGGGUCUCACAUUUUUGCCGCCGCGUUCCGGAAAGUUUCGUUCAAAGAAAAGCAGACGAACACGCGGAUAUCAGACUCUCGCUGCUUUGUGCCUUUCUUCGCCACCGUUUUUUCCUGUCGAGAACUUGCGCGGUCGACCCAUUGCUGUCUGCUGAGUUCUUUUCUUCUCGAUAUCUCUAUAACCCUCUCCGCAGCGCCAUCAAACUUUUGACCCGGUGUUAGUCUGGGUUGCCCUCCCCUUUUUACACAUUUUUCCUCGCUCCUGCCUUCGCUUCUUCAUAACGUGUCUCUGUUUCUAGCAGCCGUUUUGCCUCCUCUGUUACGGAACUGUGGCGCCUCUCCUUUUGUUUUGGCCCGGUUCGCUUCUUGGAUUCGUUUGCGGAUUCCGUUAAAGUACGCUUCCCUUCCCUCUCAUCUUCCUCUAACCCAAGUGGACGAGACAGUCGACACCGCGGCGGUGUGUCUGUACACUCGAGAUUUUUGUUCUCCACCGUCCACAGCCUGUCCGCGGCACUGGAAAACGCCACGUUUUCCGUUCCCGCUUUUUUCUUCGGUGCGAAACGCGUCGGCCGAGGUUUUUUCUUCCACUUUUUCGUUAUUCCUUCCCUCGCAUCUCUGCCCUUCUCUCCUCUUCCUGCUCUCUGCGCAUCAGCGGGAGAUCCACCGGCGCCUGCUUGCAGUCAUUUUUGUCUGCUGCUGCUCCUUUUCCACGGCGACACUUACACCCUUCUCUACCGCCACAGAGAAGCGGUGUUUUCCUGUCACUUGUCUUCCGUCUCUUUUUUCCCUGACGCCUCCUUUUUCUUUUCCCUGUUUCUUUCCUUUCUCACUCCACGCCCUCUGAACUCACUCGACAGUUUACGAGAUGGCUUCGUCAGCGCCGUCCGACGCUGCUGUGAGCGACCCAGUGGUGGGUCCGCCACCGGUCUUGUGCAUUUUUCCUUUCCGCGACCCCGCUUUGCCCGUUCCUCGUCGUCACAAGAUCAUACUGAUGAAACGCAGAGUGCGUCUGCAGCAGGAGGCGCUUCUGUUACACCGCCAGAAGAAAGAAACUUCUGGCAAGACAAACAGCGCCGACGCGUCGAAGGGCCAGGAAGCUCAGAAGCUCUAUCUCGCUUCUCCGCUAACAGGCUUCGAAGUAAACUGGAUCAUGGACGACUCCAACCUCGAGAGGUUUCUUCGGGCCCGCGAGUGGAAUGUGCCCAAGGCUUUCGCACUGUUGAUGGAAACCGUCAAGUUCCGACGCGAGGCGAAGCCGGAGCGCGUAAAGCCGAAGGAGGUGAUGCAGGCGAACCAAGAGGGCAUCAUGUACCGCAGAGGCUACGACAAAAGCGGACACCCCAUUCUCUACAUGAGACCGGGAAAGAAUCAACCCAAUGCCGACGCAGACAGCUCGAUUAAACUCCUGGUGUACAUGCUGGAGCGCGCUGUGCAGUCCAUGAAGAGACAGGAAGGCGUCAGUGGAAUCACUUUCAUUGUCGACUACAAUGGUUACACCAAUGCCAACCAACCUCCCCUCGCCGUCGCUCUUCGAUUCGUCGACAUCUUCCAGAACUUCUACCCUGAGCGCCUCGCGGCGGCCUUCGUCAUCGACACUCCCUGGUACUUUUCGACUUUCUGGAACUGUCUGCAGCCGUUUCUGCCAAAUCGAACAACAAGCAAGAUCCACUACUGUUCGACGAGUGAUCCGAAGUCCCUAGAACCUCUCUUUGACCAGGUUCCGGCGGACUGCAUCGAAUCGUGGAUUCCUGGUGGCCAGGCCACCGGCGUGUACGACCACAGUGCCUACUGGGCGGCAGAGGCGAAGCAGUUUGAGUGCUACAUGAAGUUUUUGCAGGAAGAAUUUAUUGGGAAGUCACAGCAGCAGAGAAUGGUCGAGGCGCGGGCCUUUCAGGAGGCGCAGGCCGCUGGGAAGCAGGGCGACGAAGCAGUGGAAGCUGCGCGAGCCGCAGCGAAAGACGACAAGAAAGGCGGCAGUGGCGCCGCAGACUCAGACACUUUACUCGAGAAAGAGGAGGGAGAAGAAGACGUUCAGGACGAGGAAGACGAGGAGUCGAACGCCGACCUCAACGAAGACGAAGAAAAGAGGAGAAUGUUGCAAGAGGCUCUGAAAAAAGAACAAGGCGGCCACAUGGCCGACACCCAGUCUACGGGGGCGGGGCGGUAGACCAGAAAACCAAGCCGAGGGGCAGAGGGACAGAGAAAGAGACGAUAACGGACCGACGGAGAGAGAGAGAAAAAAAAAGAGACAGAGACAGAAAGAGAGAGAGGGGUGGAAAAGACUAAAGGAAGGUUUGACAGUUGUAGAGGGAAACCGCAGGUGGGAGAGGAUAGCAAAGAAAGGGAGAGUGACGUAUCGAAUAGGGAGAACACAGGAAAGGUGGAAGAUCGGCGGGUGCCUUUGUCAUAAGACGUGAAGGAGAAAAAGAGGGGGCAAAGGCACAAGGGUGGAUAAAGAAGGGAUGACGAGACAUAUGCACUACGAGGAUGUCGACUUGUCGAGUGAGGGAAGGAGGACGUUUGAGAGGGAGGCGAAGAGAACGCUGGGGAUGUAUCCGUACGUCUUUCACUCUGCUGUCUCUCUAUCGUAUCUUCUGUCUACCGUCAGGGCAUUAUUCCGACUCGAUCAUGCCUUUUGUCUUGCGUGUCACUCUCAACACGCGAGCGUUUGUGCACUUUUUUAUCCGUUCUUUCCACUUAGUUAAAACGGACGAAUCAUGUAGGACAGAGCGGUGCUCUGGCCACGCGCAACGCCUCCGGUGGUGUCAAGGAGCGGGACAAGCGUUGCACACCUUCAUAAGGAAUCGACACGGUCUUCGAACAAGCACGCAGGUAGCUACUGAG